AUGGCAAAGAGCAAUGAGCAAUUCCUCCGCAUUGGUGAUGACAUAUUUUUGUUUGAUGAAGACAGUAAUGUUCUAGUGGCCGAGAAUCCACUCGAGACACGAGCAUGUGCUCGCCCUACUGUCAGUAAUCACCUGUCGUCUGAAUCUCUCGGUACAUGCAUCUUCACCAUCGAGCCCCAGCAAUCCCACACAGAAACAAGAGCCCUAGAGAUGUUCCUCGGAGACGAUGAGGCCCUCGACACCUUAAGCUCCGAAGGUUCGCCUGAAGAACUAGCGGAGCUCAGGCAAUUGCAGUCCAAGUCCAGAAAGGAACGUCUUCAGAACGACACCGAGAAGAGACGCCUGUUCGGAAAGCCAGUGUUAUAUGGCCAGGUUAUUCAGAUGUAUAAUAGCCACUUUAGCAAGUACCUUACAGUAACUGGAAGAACAUGCAAGACCGAUGUAUCACACCUACAAGUUAAUCUCUCCAAGGAGAUAAUUGGCUAUUUCAAAAUCAUGCCACGAUACAGAAUCCGUGUUGAUGGAGAACCUGUCCGAUGGGGAGACACAAUUGCUAUACAAUGUGUUAGGCCUGAAGGAUAUCUCAAUGUUGGCACAAAACCACUGCACUCUGACGUUCACUCAACAGACUACUACGAAGUAUAUUCUCACACCCGUAUAUCCUCAUGGACCAUGAAGUGCCAUAGUUCUGCUGCGGUCAAUCAAGAUGCCACAAAAUCAAAGUAUAUAAAUUCCGCACAACUUGUCAGAUUUUAUCACAAAGAGAUGGAAGCUUACCUUGAAACACCUGUCCUCGAUCGAGACGAUGGGGAUGUACGACUAAAGAAACACAUUCUCAACCCUUUGGAUCCUAAAGAGAGCGAUUCCCCAUUAGCAUUUUGGGAGAUUGAAAAUGCAAAAACGAACAAUGGAUCCAAGGUCCGGUGGAAAAAAUCUGUCCGCAUUCGACAUGCUGCUUCCCGGUCAUAUCUUUAUAUCGAUCCCAACAAUGUCCGGAUUGAUAUGUCAACCCACAAAAUAACCUUUUCUCUUGGAUUGAUGAAAGAUCCUCCGUGUGUCGAUAAUAACGACGCGACCCUUUUCACACUUGUGCCCAUAUCUGAACCCACACGUUCAGGAGUACCAUUUGGAUCUUAUAUUCGUAUUCAACAUGUGCUGACCAAAUGUUGGAUCCAUGCUGCAGGUGAUGAUGAGGUCCAGAAUGUGUCUUCGGUUCCAAUGCCUUUUACACUUGCGCCAGAUCCGCUUUCUCAUAUGCAAAGCAAGAUACCUAUACCUACGUUGCACAGCAUAUCUAAAAUGAACAAACCGUCCGUAACUUCCACAACCAGUCGUUUGGCAACAAGAAACUAUACACGCUAUGAUUCUUCUAUGGAUGGAAAAUCCUAUAGUAUCUCUCAUGAACAAGAGGAAGCAUCAGGCUACCAUGUCACCGCUUCUCAAGACUUUUAUUAUCAUGACUGCUUUACGAUUACCCUGGUAAACGAUUCCCUGAGAGACACUUUCAACUAUGUGAAUGAACUCUUGCCACGCCUUCAAUGGUAUCUCAGGAAAGAAAGAAAGCCAGAUCCGGAAAGUGAGGAUAUCGGAGAAGCAAGCAAUUUCCCUAUAACACGAUCAGAGUUCGACAGCAUAACAGAGAUUUUGAAAGAGCUUGUGCGGUUCUGUACUGAUAGUAAAGAAGCCGAUCUCGUACGCCGUGUAGGGCUCCCAGAAGAAUAUCAUCAAAGUCUUAUUCGUGAUAAUGGUAUUAUUGAAUGCGUUGUCAACAUGAUCCAAAUUCCAUUUUCCUUGGCCAAACGUUACGAAAUGAGAAAUGACGGACAGUCCGAUAAUUAUAAGAGACGUGAACCAGCUUCUGAGGACGUUGUUCCAAUCGAUACUCUAUUUAAUCCACAAGAGAGCCGUCUUAAAACAAUUCUUACAUUGUGUUACAAUCUUCUUCGAGUCUUUCUGGUGGGUGGAUCCAAAUACGAAGAAUCAAACGAGCAUGUUAAGAAUCAACUGCAUGUCGUAAAAGUGGCUGGUGAUGUGGGGAUCGAGCUGUUUGUCCAGCAUCUGGCAUAUCAAGUGGGAGCCACUGACAUGAUGAUAAAACUUCUUUACGACAACAACACAAUUGUGGAGCGGGUUUCUGCAUUCAGACCCUCAGUUAUACAGAUCUUGAUCAAUCUUGGUCGUAAGAAAAUGAACGCGGUGAUCAGAGGUUUACAGAACUCUACGCCAAUGUUAGCCGAAGAUGAUUAUGAGUCAGCUAGCAUAUUUGAUCUUCUUGCUGCAUUCUGUCACACUGAAACCCGUGGAUUAUUGGUCUUAAACCGUGAUCAAAUCCUCGACCAGAUGUUCAAUCUGGCUGAUCCAAGUAGAUCUUUUUUGGAGAUGCGGAUCCCACACGAUACUGGUUCUGUAGAAAUCAAGUUCUUGAACGACGAGUGGAGAGACCUCGAUAUCCUUCUAUAUGAAAAUCUACCGACUAUUAGGUGCUUUAUCCAGAGCCUUUUAAAUCUUGUAUAUUCCCUUUCAUUUGGCGCAAACACAAAGUAUCUUGAUCUUAUACGGCUAUUUAUUGGAAAGACAGUGUGCCUAAAAUGCAUUGGAUACGUUAAUCUUCCAUGCCAGAUAAGAGCGAUAUUCUGCGAUCUAUUAAGAGUACUCUACAUUGAUAUUUCACCCUUUAGUGAAGUUGUUUUAUCUGACUUUACCAUGCAAUACAAUUUGCUCGAUGAUUCAAAUGAGUAUCCUUCUGGAGGAACCGGAAGUGUUGAAAGCAAAUCACCGGAAUUCUUUGAUCAUCUAAAGCAUUGGACACUUGUAUUUCUAGAUGACAAAAGCCAUCAGCUUACAGAGCUUAAAGACGAAGUUGCUUUCCUAUCUUCAGUAUUAACCCUUGUAAAAACUCAAUUAAGACUUGGGUUUUUUAGUGAAGCUGAUGAUGUAAAGCGUCUUUUUAGAGCCCUUGUUUAUGUAUUAGAUGGGCGUACAGAUGCUCGUAAUGUAGACCAUCUCAAAGUGAUGACUCAGUCAAAAGAACCUAGAUACUGGGUAGAACGGUUUCUUUUGACAGAGGAAAACCAAGGUAUUAUGAAUGCCAAAAUUCAGAUACUGGAAAUCUUUGAUCUCAUUUUCGAUUUACGGCUACAUGUUCGGAUGAGCAAGUUAACACACAAGUGGAAAAUCAUGGAGACGAAUACAAGUAGUGAGCCUCCGUUCUCUCUUCGUACUACAUUAACAACAAUUUUUGAGGAAACACAAUUAAGACAAAGAGAAAAAAGUUUGAUGCCUAUACUUAAAGAUAUUUUAAAGUACCAGUACGCACCACUGAAACGUAUUGCCGUAGUAGUUAUGCACAGGAUCUACAAUGAUUGUGAAGACUUAUUUAAGAAAGCAUCCCAAGUUUUAAUUCUGAACCAAACACAACAAGUUCUUGUUUACCAUGGAGUAAAGAAACGGUUGACCCAGCUUCGAUCCUUCUUGUCUGUGGACCGACUGAGCACACAUCACCUUCCACACAUUGAACAUGUCCUGACCGAGUUCAGUAGUUUAUUUCACGGGAAGACUAUCGACUUUAACGAUCAGACAUGUGCACUUGAGAAUUCCCAAGACCAGCGGAAUAUAUACGGAAAGAUAUUCAAAAACUUAAAAGCACAUUUCGUUGUAGUCCAACUCUUGCGUGCACUCAGGGCACCUCUGAUUGAAAGUCAAGAUAUGUCGGAUAGUGAAGAAGAAGAAGAUAAUGAUGUUCGCCUCAGAACGCUUACAGCUUGCUUCGAUUUCUUGGUUGAAAUGACAAUAGAUGAUAAAGAGCUCCAGGGUCCUUUCGUUUUAAAAAAUAUCGAUCUGCUGAUAGAUGCCAGUGGAUUCCACCCAAUGCUGGCAAAAAGUCUUUACAAACUUUGUGGAAACAAUCUUUUCAUCAGUGUCCGUGUACGGGAAGAGCAUAUUAAACAUAUGCUUGAAGAAUCACAAGGCCACCAGAGUGAAUACUUGCGUAUAUUGCAUGACUUUAUGAAGGCUCAAGGAAAACUCAUAAAAAAGCAUCAAGAUUGUACAAUGCGCCUAAUUAUGGAGAAUCGUACAUUGUAUGUACCCUUCAACACACCCCAGGACUUGAUAUCUUCAGAACAUAUUGAUUACUGCGUCGAGUUAAUUGAGCUUCUGUCAGUAUGUGGACAAGGAGAUAACAGCUUUGGACAAUCGUUUGCACGUACCAUAUUUUCAAUUCAGGAUGUUACCGCAAUAAUACAAGAUCCAUCGUCUCCAUCAACGCUGAAAACAGCUAUGCUGCGAUUCCUUGCUUCUGUCUAUCUUGAUAAUACGGAAGUUCCUUCGAGUGUGCCUGUCAGCGAUAACAAGAAUAUCCGCACAAUAAUGGAGUCUGCUCACAAUGAGAUGAUAAAAGCCAAGGUCAAUCCAACCAAAGAUAUUAUGGAUUAUGUAUAUAAUGGUGUUCUAGUAUUUUUGAGAGCAGUAUUUGAGCAUCACAUUUCGGUCGAAACAGCAGUAGACGAGGCUUUGUUCUUACUGUGCCCACGAUUAGUGGAUCUAACAGUGGACUUACUUACACGUGCUGCAAAUGAUAAGCAUGCCCUUCAACACACGCUUGCAUGCAUUGAUAGCAUGAUCAAUGUGUCGGGUUUCAGAGGUAGCAUUGAUCCGGAGAAACUUCGUGACAAAUUGCGAGAUGCGAUCACACGGCUCACAGGCAGCACAAAGCAGAAUAUCAAACCACUAGAUUCAAUGAAUGCAAAAUUCCAAGGCUUUAUUCGUGCUCUCAUGGCCCAUAAUGGUGUGCUGCAACUCCAAAAAGAAGAAUUUGAAAAAAUGUGUUCACAUUUCAGUUUAGUGGACGCUAACUCUGAAGAAGACGUCAAAUCUUUAAUUGACUAUCUGUCGAUGAUGAUGGUAUCAAAGAGCCAAGACAAAACAGAGCAUUAUCAAGUUUCUACAAUUGAGAUAUUGGAAGAAAUACCGCUUCGUCAUAUUCGGAACCGUUCUGAUAAAGCUAUGAGUUCAGCUGUUCAAGCAGAAGCAUUAGAAGCCAAAAAAGUUCUUGCCCAGAACACUCUUAAUCGGCUCGGAUGUACACUUGUUGCCCAGAACCUUUUAUCUUCUCCACGACGACAGAUUUUUGAAGCAGCCUUGAAACUCUUGAUAUCUUUGCUUGAAGGUGGAAAUAAAAACGUCCAAGAUAAACUAGAAGAAUAUUUCUACAGUAUCCGAGAAGAACGCUUUUUUUACUCUUUCCACCAAAGAUUAGAAGAUGGUAUUGCAUCUCUCAAAGAAGCUCAACUUCACUUGAUUCGCACAGCAUACAAAAUGAACCGGCAACAAUGUAUAUUGAGCCUUGAUACGCUCGAAAACCGGUCGAUAAAGGCGUUGAAGAAAUCUAAUGGUCAUCGUCGCCACUCGUCUUCUAUCGACAUUUCUCGUAAUAGCCAUCGAAAACGUAUUAAGCAGCAAACACAAACCUCUACAGAAUCUGCGCUGAUUUACCAAAAGAUAUCAACACUAAUGGCAAAUGAGACUGGCGAAUUUGGAACAGCCAAUGAAGAUUUUGAAGGGAUGAAGGAUACUAUGCGCGCUCUUCAACUUAUGGUAGAAGGACACAAUAUCAAUUUGCAGACUUAUUUGGCCAAACAGCCUGAUAAUAUCAAAAGUUUCAACAUUGUACAAGACGUAGUUGAAUAUCUUCAUGCAAUUGUGCCAUUGUGCAGUAUUCAGAAUGUUAGAUUGAUCAUUCAAGUUCUAGAUACUAUUACAGAGAUGGCACAGGGUUGCUUGGAAAAUCAGGUGACGAUCUUUAACGACAAAGUCAUCAAUCCUUUCAACACUAUAUUGCGAGAACCUUAUGUGAGCUGCCCAAGCUCACUUGUGAAUGAACUGAAGUGUAAAGUAGUUGUUUGCUUGCUGAGUUUAUUAGAAGGAGGAAUUGAAAACAGUGAUACAAUUUUCAGAGAGAUGGCCGCAUCUUUAGAUCUGUCAAUUGUGAAGCGCAAUAUGAAUACAAUAUACGUGAACAACGUGGAUAAUCUAGAACACCCUUCUGUAUUUGAUAAGCUUGAGUGCGGUUUUCUUUACUGUAUGCUUGUUAUGACCCUGUCCCCAGCGCUAGAUGAAACUCAGCAUUCUAUGUUUAGUGGAAAUGUUGCGUUCGAAUAUUUUCAAAAGAACACAGGAAAGAUUGAAGUAGUUAUGGACUACGGUCAAGAAAAACAACUCUCUCGCGUUUUGUUUCCUAUACCGGAAGUGUGUAACUACCUGCGUGAAGAUACAAAGCAACGAUUCUUAUGGAAUGUUAAACGUGAUUCGCCGUCUGCUAAAAUUGAGGAUUUCGUUCAACAGUCAAGUAGUAUUAUUUAUGAAAUUAAAUACCAAGCAAGAGUUGCCAGUAAUAAGUACCUCUCGCUACUAACAGAGUACAGCUCAUUCUGGUGGCAGGCGUCAUAUGGUGUUACUAUAAUACUAAACCUUUUGAUGCUAAUUUACUCGUCCUUGUUAACACAAACUGAACCGGGAUCCCGUCACGUUGACCAUAUCAACACUUUUCGGAUAUUUUUGGGAGUUAUACAUUUGUUUCUGUGGGUCUUGUCUACUGCAGAGUUCUACUUUAUUCAACUUCCAGUUCUGGUUAAUCGCCACUCAUCUAAAAGCUCGGAUAUACAAUUGGAUAACCUGGUCACUUCAGAUGAAAGUGUAACUGAAGAAGAAGGUUCAUUUUUCAGUGAAUUAUUUUCUCAAAGAAGAUUCAACUUGAGCUUUGUAUUGGCUAGUAUCUCUGAAUCUCAGUUUUUAUACCAUAUUUUGAUGGUUGGUUUUUCAGCAAUUGGAUUAUAUUACCCUGGAUUUCACGCUAUUCAUCUUCUCGAUUUUGUGUUCCGUGAUCGUAUUCUUCAAGGAGUUAUUUCAAGUAUUACUCUUAAUGUCAGCUCUAUCACAAGAACGGCACUGCUCGGAAUUAUCGUAGUAUACAUUCAUAGUGUUGUUGCCUACAAAUACUUCCGCACAGAAUUCGAUGGGACUAAGGGCUUGUUUUGCGGAUCUCUUUCGGAAUGCUUUGUCACUAUAUUAUCUCAUGGUAUCCGCUCUGGAGGUGGGAUUGGUGAUAUUUUGGAACCAAACGAUCUUCAGCCUCGUGGUUGGAGAACUGUGUUUGAGAUGUCAUUUUAUCUGGUUGUGGUUGUGUUCCUACUCAAUGCAAUUUUCGGUAUCAUCUUUGACACUUUCGGUCACCUUCGUGAUGAGCGAUCCUCUGUACAGCAAGAUAUGAAAAAUUCAUGCUUUAUUUGUAGUAUACACGCUGUUGAAUUUCAGCGACAUGCUAAGAAAGGCUUCGAAGAUCACGUAAAAAAUGAUCAUAACAUAUGGCAAUACUUGUUCUUCAUAGUUCAUUUAAAAAACAAGCAUAGAACGGAAUAUACUGGCCCGGAAUCUUAUGUAGCAGCAUGUCUUAAAGAUGUCAACUAUAGCUUUUUCCCUAUCAACCGUGCUCUAUGUCUAAGAUAUAAUGAGGAAGAUGACACAGAGAGGCUUGAGAAGCUGGAGGAGCUGACGCAAAAAAUGAUAGACAAACUAGGGAAGGUAGAAGAGUAUAUUGAAAAGAUGUCAGAGACACAGGUUCGCUCAAGGUCCAAUAGCCUUAUGGUCUCACCAAUAUAAGCUAGUAUUUAUUUAAGCGAUAUCUGCUUAUUUUACAUACUGCUUACUAUAAAAUAAAGUAAAACUAGAUUUUUUGAUAGU